CGAUCGUGUACUCGUGUCGUGCAUCCGAUUAAUCGCCCCGAGCCGCCCGUGUAUUUUAAGCGUCGCUUUUUUGCAAAAAGUGUAGGAAAAAGAACGGAAAAUAUGCCAAAUCCCAUAAACGAACAUAUUUGACAGUACAUUUAAUCGCAUAGCAAGAAAUCCAAUACAUCCUUUUAAGCCGGCGACUGGAUAUACCGAGCAACGCAAACUUUUCCUUCAAACCACAAAAAAAAAACUCUGUUGUGUGUCGUCCGUGUGUGUGUGUGCGUUGCCGUGCGCGUGUGGGUGUAAGUGUGUAUGUGAGAAGAAAAAAAGCCGCACACUGCAAAAAAUAGCAAAAACAAAAAGAAAAACUCGAACAGUUCGACUGGACUUGACGACUUUUAUUUCCCCACCGGUCUAUAAUAACCGCUAAAAUUGUGGAAAAACAGGAGAAAACUCCCAAGCGGAAGAAGAAGGCUGCAGCCAGUAAAAUGUCUGCAGUUUAUUCGCCGCAACCGCCGCAGCAGCAGCCACAGCAGCUGCAGCAGCAGCAGCAGCCUCCCCCGCCACAGCAGCAGCAGCAGCAACAACAACAACAGCAACAGCAACUGCAGCAGCAGCCGCCACCCAACUCGAUUCCCAAUCAGCAGCCACCCGGCUCAGGGGUGGGCCCUGGUGGAGGAGGCGGCAUAGGUGGAGGCGGAGGUGGUGGACCUGGCGGCGGAGGUGGCCUUCUUCCAAUGGGCCUCCAGCAGCAGCAACAGCAGCAACAACAACGACCGCCCAUGGGAGUACCCGGAUCGCCAGGCGGCGUCAUAUCCGGCGGAGUUGGUGGCGGAAUGAUGGUCACUCCGCCGACUACACCACGCGGCGGCAAUGUGGGCGGCGGUGUACCGCCACCGGUGAACUCGGCCCAGAUCCAGAAGAUGCUGGACGAGAACUGCGGAUUGAUACAGACCAUCCAGGACUUCCAGAGCAUGGGCAAGGCGCAGGAGUGCAUGUCCUAUCACGUGGCGUUGCACAGGAAUCUGGUAUAUUUGGCACAAUUGGCCGAUCCCGCCAUGAAUAUAUCCCAGAUACUGCCGCCUCCACACAUACUCCAGACUCAGGCCAUGCAACAGGGUGGCCAGCAGACGCCGCCAACGGGUCCGCAUGGCAUGCUCGGUGGUCCACCGCCGCCGCAACAGCAACAGGGUCCUGGCCAGGGUCCAGGAGGGGUGCCGGUGCCAGGACAGCAGGUUGCCGGUGUGCCACCACAGAUGGGGAUGCAGCAUGGGCCGGGUGAUCCGCAAGGACCGCCCGUUCAGAUGCCUCCCUACGGCCAGCAGCAGCAGCAACAGCCACAGCCACAUCCCGGCCUGCCGCCGGGCGCUCAACAGCAAUCUCAGCAGCAGCAGCAACAACAACAGCAGCAACAGGCACAACAACAACAGCAACAACAACAGGCAGCAGCGGCGGCAGCAGCAGCGGCAGCCGCAGCAGCAGCCGGCCAGCAACAAGGAGGUCCCCAAGUCAGCCAGGCGGGUCCUCAGUCCCAGCAACAACAACAGCAGCAGCAACAGCAUCCCGUCUACCGAAAUGCCCAGGCCCAGGGACCGGGACAAGGACCCGGACAAGGUCCUGGCCAGUCGGUCGUCAAUCCGAAUGCAGCGCCCAGUAAGUAUCAACAGCGUCCCAACAACGGACCCCUUCCUGGCCCCCAGAAUCCCCAACAGCAGCAACAACAGCAGCAGCAACAAGGCACUCCCCAGCCCGGCGGCCAGCAGCCUCCGGGACAGCAGCAACAACAACAACAGGGCGGACCGGGAGGACCACAACCAGGAGCUGGUGGUCCAGGAGUACCGCCACCGCAGAGUCCAUACCGGGUGAGCUAUCAGCAACAGCAACAACAACACGGCCACUAUCCGGGUUAUCCGCCGCAACCCCAGACCCAGUAUCAGCCGCAAGGAGCUUAUCCGUACGGUCCACCCACCCAGGGUUAUGGACCGCCGCCUCCAGUGCCGCCAAAUGCCGGCCAGGGUGGCUAUCAUACGGCGGCCGGGCAGACGGGACACGGCUAUCAGCCGAAUACCGGAGCAGCACCGCCGGGCGCUUAUCCGCCGCCGCCCGGAAGCCAACAGGGGCCACCGGUGCCGGGACAACAGCAACCGCCGCCGGGUCCACCACCACCGGGCCAAAUGUAUGGACCGCCGCCCACUGGCGGUCAGCAGCCGGGACCACCGGGUCCGCCACCACAAAGUCAGUACGGUCCACCGCCACCUCAGAACACGGCCGGUGGUCCGCCACCACCGAUGAGCUAUGCCGGCUAUCCACCCAACCCGGUGGGACAGUACGGCCAGGCAGGAGCUGGCGGAGGCCCACCGCCCGGCAGUUACGGACCACCGCCUCCGGUGCCGACGAGCAGCGCGCAGAGUCCCUACCAGGCCUACCAGACGGCCGCCGGUGGAGCGACUGGUGCUCCGCCGGGUAGCAGUUACCCGGGAGGACCACCGACCAGUGUGGCGGGUCCGCCACCCCCACCGGGUGGCGCUUACAGCAGCAGCACUACGGCGCCGAGCCAGACGCCGCCGCCACAGGCUGGCGGAGCCGGCGGUGGAGCUGGAGGAGGCGGGGGAGCUGGUGGCAGUGGGAAUCCCAACGGACCGAAUGCCCAGCAAUCGACGCCGCCACCGCAGGGUGGUGCCGGUGGUGCGGGCGGCGGAGGAGGAGCAGCUCCGCAACAAUACGCAGGACCACCGCCACAGCAGCAACAACAACAGCAGCCGCCCGGCGGUGGAGUGGUGGUCUCCGGUGUGGCGCCACUUCCGACGCAAGUCCAGCCCACAUACUCGACGCCCGGCAGCUACAACCAGCAGGGACCCGGCGGCCCACCGCCCAACCAACAGCAGCAGCAACAACAGGCACCGCCCACGGGCGGAGCGGGAGGAGCGGCCGGCGGUGGAGCACCCAAUCCGCAGGGACAAGGCCAAGGGCAGGGACAGCCGCCGCCACCGAACGGAGCGACGCCGCCAAUGCCGCCUAAUCAGUACCAGCCGGCAGUGCCGGGAGCACCGCAGGGUCCGUACGGUGGCCCUCCGCCACCCCAAGCGUACGGCCCGCCGCCGCCGGGCAGCGCCUAUCCGGGCCAUGCCUACCACCAGCCACCGCAGGCCGCCGGCUAUGCCCAGUACCCGCCCACGCAGGGCUACCAGAGCUACAGGCCGGCCGGAGCCCAGAUGCCGCCACCGGGAGCACCGCAGGGUCCUCCGCCCACGGGAGCCUACGGCUACUACAGCCAGCAGCCGCCGCAAUGAGGUCGGGAGCAGCUCUACCCGCAGAAUAAUCCGUAGUGAAUAGCGCACAAAAGUCUGGAGGGGAUUACUUGGAUGUGGAGGCGGGACUAGCAAAGAUUAGCGAGAAGAAUCGAGACACUAGGAGGAGGAACAAGAAGAAAAAUCCAUAGAAACUAAAAAAAAUUAAGGAAAAGGGAUGGAAUGCUGGAGGGAAAGCUGUAUUUAUAUUAAAUUUAAAAUAUUUUUCAGUUAAAAAACAAAAAAUAAAUUUCUACAAAUUUUCUGGCAAGCUUUUGGAGAAUUUGUUGAAAUUUAUUUAAAAAGGGAUAGAUUCUUGUUUAAUUAAAAAACUUAAAUUAAUAUAAAAAGCAGCUAAAAACAUAAAGAUAUAAAGAUAUAUUUUAAAAGAAUUAAGUUAAAAAAAAACAGCAAAGAGAACAAGAAAUCGGGAGAAGAAAAGAAAAACGUGUCCUAGGCAUAUAAAUAAAUAGAUAUAUAUAUAUUAUUAUAUAGAUCUAUUAAGAUGGGUCGAUCCGAGAUCCUAUAUAUACGAUUAUGUUCAGGGUUCGUUGCGUUGUAUUCUAAUGGGCUUAAAGCGAAUCUAUAAACUAAAAACAAAUACAAAUAUUAACUUGAUU